GCCAAAAGGCAGAAACAAAGUUAAGCAGUAUUGAUCGAUCAACUCCUUGGCAGAAGCCGAUGGCAAAAAAGGUGGCAGUGAUCGGAGCAGGGGUCAGUGGCCUGAUCUCUCUGAAGUGCUGUGUGGACGAGGGCCUGGAGCCCACUUGCUUUGAGAGGACGGAAGAUAUCGGAGGGCUGUGGAGGUUCAAAGAAAAUGUGGAAGAUGGCCGAGCAAGUAUCUAUCAAUCCGUCAUCACCAACACCAGCAAAGAAAUGUCCUGUUUCAGUGACUUUCCAAUGCCUGAAGAUUUUCCAAACUUCCUGCACAAUUCUAAACUUCUGGAAUAUUUCAGGAUUUUUGCCAAAAAUUUUGAUCUUUUAAAAUAUAUUCGGUUCCAGGAAAAUGUGGAAGAUGGCCGAGCAAGUAUCUAUCAAUCCGUCAUCACCAACACCAGCAAAGAAAUGUCCUGUUUCAGUGACUUUCCAAUGCCUGAAGAUUUUCCAAACUUCCUGCACAAUUCUAAACUUCUGGAAUAUUUCAGGAUUUUUGCCAAAAAUUUUGAUCUUUUAAAAUAUAUUCGGUUCCAGGUAUUGUAUUUUGGGGGUAUUGAGAGGUUCAGAGGCCAAUAUUUCCAUAGCCGCCAAUACAAGCACCCAGAUGGAUUUGAGGGGAAACGCAUCCUGGUGAUUGGAAUAGGAAACUCGGCCUCGGACAUUGCCGUUGAGCUGAGUAAGAAGGCUGCUCAGACAACCGUCGUUGGUGUGAAAAAAUGCCCAGAUUUUUCAUCCUCCGGCCAAUGGAAGGUUGUCACCCAGAGCCACGGCCAGGAGCAAAGUGCCAUCUUUGAUGCAGUUAUGGUUUGCAGUGGCCACCACAUCCUACCGCACAUCCCACUGAAGUCAUUUCCAGGUGAGACCUGUGUGGAUUCCCAGCUUUUUGGAGUAGGUUUCCAGGUCCUUUACGUGCAGUUCGGAUUGACAGGCAGGACUCACUGCUGCAACUGGCAUAACAUUAAGAUUGGGAGAGAGCUGGAAAGAUCAAAGACUCCAAGCACCAUCUUCAUUUCUAUUGACCUCUUGGGUCUUCAUUACACAGACAGCUCAGCUAACAUCCUCCAAGGUCACUAA